AUGGCGGCCGCGGCGCUGCUCCGGAGCGCGGCUGCAGGGCGCGGAGGCCAGGCCUGGCGCUGGCGGCCGCGCGCAGCCCCGAGGCGCUGCCUGGCUUGCGGCUCCAGCUUUCCCCGCUGCGACUCCGCAGACAGCGUGGCCUGGGCCUGCUUCCUGCUAGAAGAGCGCGCCCUCCUACGCGUGCGCGGUCCGGACGCCGCGCCCUUUCUGCUGGGGCUGCUAACCAAUGAGCUGCCGCUUCCGGGUCCAGCGGCCGGCGCGGCCCCACCCUCUGCGCGCGCGGCGUACGCCCACUUCCUGAACGUGCAGGGCCGUACGCUCUAUGACGUCAUCUUGUACGGACUCCCCUUGUGCACUGAGGAGGCACCAGACUUUCUCCUGGAAUGUGACAGCUCUGUUCUGGGUGCUCUGCAGAAGCACCUCUCCACGUAUAAGAUCCGACGGAAGGUCACUGUGGAGCCGCAGCCAGAGCUUCAUGUGUGGGCUGUGCUGCCCAGCACUCCCCAGGUCCUUGAGGCUGUGCCACUGCUGGAGAGGGUGGAUGCCACCACUGUCCUCAUCCGUGAUCCCCGGACUGUAUAUAUGGGGUGGCGGCUCCUCACCCAGGAUGAUGGCCCAGCGCUGGUGCCCAAGGGACAGCUUAGGAACCUUCAGGAUUAUCACAUGCACCGGUACCAGCAAGGCAUCCCAGAGGGGGUCUGUGACCUGCCCCCAGGGGUGGCUCUACCCCUGGAGUCCAACCUGGCCUUCAUGAAUGGCGUGAGCUUCACCAAGGGCUGCUACAUUGGGCAGGAGCUGACGGCCCGCACCCACCACACAGGUGUCAUUCGCAAGCGCCUCUUCCCCGUGCGUCUUAAGGGUCCCUUGCCUGCCAGUGGCAUUGAUCCUGGCACCUUAGUGGUGACUGCAACAGGACAGGUGGCUGGCAAGUUCAGGGCUGGCCAGGGGCAUAUGGGGCUGGCCCUGCUUAGGUCAGAGACAAUCAAGAGUCCUCUCCAUAUUAGGACCUCUGAUAGCCAACAGGUGACUGUGACUGCAUUGGUGCCAGACUGGUGGCCCACAGCCACCAAGUAGCUUGGAUGCUCUGGAGUUCCAUUGGCCUUAAGAGUUACCAGGAUGCCUCAGAGCCUCUCUGUGUGAGGUCUUCUAGCCCAUAUGCUGUGCCCUGAUGGGUAUGAGCCCUACUUCCUGUGGUGGCCUCCUGGAACAUAUGCACUGGGAAAAUCCCAUGUGUCCCAGGCUGUAGGCAGGCUGACACUUCUUGCAGAGGGUCGUAAACCCAUGGGCUGUCCUCAUCCGAGAAGGUCUGUGACAGAGAACAGAGUAACCAUCCUGAGGCUCUCCCUUGGGCCAGAUGGAGAUUCCAUACAGUCCAUGGGCUAAGGACAGAUUGAGGCCUGUGUCUAGCAGCAGGUCCCCAGCCUUGUCCCAUCACCGAGGGAGGUGCCCUGUGUGCCUGCAGAGUCUCUCAGCUGGAGACAUAAGCUUUGCAUUCUUUUGAAACACAUCUCAGUGUGGGAAUCAUGUGGGUUGUCUGUGGGUUGGGGAUGUUGGAUCCCUUGGGAUUGGGACGUGUGCUCUGUGAGUCAUACAGAUUGCACACUGGCUGUUUCCAAAUGCACCUUUUCACUCAAGGUGAGCUGCUGUCUUUUGACACUGGCUCCAGCAGGGGCAGAGCCAAGGGCUCAGGUUCAUCUGGGAGGGGCUUCUGCUUGGCUAAUCUGCUGGUUUGGGAUGUUACCUGUGCUUUCAGUAAGGAGUGACUGCAUUACCUCCCUGUGAACCACUCCUUCCUCUGUUUAUAAUGUGAACUGGGGGUCUCACCCAAAGCCCAGGACUAUUAAAGUGUGGU